AUGGCGGCAGCAAUGCGAGUGGCGGCGGCUGGGGCAAGGCUCAGCCUUCUAGUCAGCGGCCUCCGCACCGCGGCCCGCAGCCUUUGCAGCCAGCCCGUUUCGGUGAACGAGCGCAUCGAGAACAAGCGCCGCAGCGCGCUGCUGGGAGGAGGCCAGCGCCGCAUCGACGCGCAGCACAAGCGAGGAAAGCUAACUGCCAGGGAGCGGAUCAGUCUCCUGGUGGAUCCUGGCAGCUUUGUUGAGAGCGACAUGUUUGUGGAACACAGAUGUGCAGAUUUUGGAAUGGCUGCUGAUAAGAAUAAGUUUCCUGGAGACAGCGUGGUCACUGGACGGGGCCGAAUCAAUGGAAGAUUGGUAUAUAUCUUCAGUCAG